GAAGUCAACUGUAAAUAUAGAAAUGUUGCUUUUUUCCGCGAAAAAAGAUUAGCUACUUUCAUUAUACAUCGUACAUGACUGGAUGGUUAUUCUUUAUAAAUAGUAUUAUUAGACUAAGGGAGAUGAGUGAGUUAUUUCUACAGAAGGAUGUGGCUAAAUUGCUACACAAUAAGUUUGUGGUGAUAAUGGGAAGUUCGGUACAAAGAAGUAUGUAUAAAGAUCUAGUUAAGAUGUUAAAGAAAGAUAUGUAUUUGACAGAUCAUGAGCUCAGAGCAAAGGGAGAAUCAAAGUUUGAAGAUGAUCGUCUAAUUGAGGGAGGAAUACUGUCUAACAAUGUAUCAUAUCGUGAAGUGAGAGAAUACAAAACAGACUAUCAUCUGAUACGAUUUUAUUUUAUUACCAGAACCUAUAAUAACUAUGUAGAAUCAGUGUUAAAGACAUUUAGAUCAGAGCCUGAACCAGAUGUACUUUUAUUGAAUUCCUGUUUAUGGGACAUUACAAGGUAUGGAUUAGGACCAGAAUCAGUUGAGGGGUAUAGACAAAAUUUACAUAAACUCAUGAAGAAAUUGAAGACUGUUUUAGAUCCCAACUGUCUGGUUUUGUGGAAUUCCACACUUCCAGUGGAUAAGGAAGCCAAAGGUGGUGUAUUUGUGCCUGAAGUUGAAAGUGCUAAGACUCAAUUAGGUGCCAAAAUCCUUGCAUGCAAUUUAAUCGCUCAUAAUAUAAUCAAACAAUAUGACUAUGACUAUAUAGAUCUUCAUUAUUACUUGCGAUAUCACUUACACAGACGUGCCGAGGAUGGUGUGCAUUGGGAUAUGACAGCUCACAGACGUAUGUCAAAUCUUACUUUGUUUCAAAUUGCUGAAGCCUGGGGUUUGAAA